CCUUUCAGAUAUGUUGGGAUAACCUAUUUCUAGUAAAGUUUGUUUUGGUGUUUGCCGACACAAGUGUAUAAAAGUUUUAUUAAUUUUUGCAAAGGAAAGUGUGAUAGAAAUGAAUAACAUGGUGCAUUGCCAACUAUGGAUGGGCAGCUUGGAGCCCUACAUGACAGAAAGUUUCAUAUUGAGCGCUUUCCGUAAAAUGGGUGAGAGCCCUCUAAACGUGAAAGUAAUGCGGAACAAAUUCACCGGAGAAGCCGCUGGAUAUUGUUUUGUACACUUUGCAAAUGAUGAAGAGGCGAUUGAUGCUAUGCACAAGUUAAAUGGAAAACCAAUACCUGGAACAAGCCCUGUUGUUAGGUUUAGGCUGAAUAAUGCUAGUAAUACAGGCAGAUCACUGGUUGAUAGAGAAUUUUCUGUUUGGGUUGGGGACCUCAGUCCUGAUGUUGAUGAUUACAGCCUCUAUAGGGUUUUCUCAUCAAAGUAUAACACCAUAAAGACAGCUAAAGUGAUUCUGGACAACAGUGGCUUCAGUAAAGGUUAUGGCUUUGUACGUUUUGGAAGUGAAGAAGAGAUGAAGGACAGUUUAAUCACCAUGAAUGGCUAUAUUGGGCUUGGCUUAAAAGCUCUGAAGAUCUGCAAUGCUGUUCCUAAGCCCAAAGGAGCCAUGACUAAUACAGUGACCACACCUAAUCAACCUGGCGGUCAGGCUGCAACCAAUGAUUAUAGCCAGUAUUAUGAUCCAUCUACAUAUUGGCAGAAUUAUGCUUCUUGGCAACAGCAAGGAUAUUAUGAUAAUACUGAACAUCAUCCUGUACAAGAUACAGCAGGAACUAUGGAUUUGAAGAAGGAGGGUGGUGAUGAUUUGGAUUUAAUUGAGCACACCAUUUCACUGGACGUAGACAAGAUGAACAGAGAAAAGAUUGACGCAGAUUGCCAUCUGUGGGAUGCUUUGGAAAGUUCAAAGUGGCUACCAAUGGAAACUUUGGAAGUAUCCUAAAAUAUUUAAUUAUACAGGUGUUUCACACUUCCUUAUCUAGAUUAACACGUAGUUUUUAAGGAAUACGUGUAUUCAGGAAAAGUCAUAGGUAUGACUGAACUGGUGAGCUUUAUGUCUAUAUGAUUCAAAUGACAGCUGACAUAAACCGCUUUACUUCUGUAAUCCUGCAAUUUCCUAUCAUUAGAAUUAGUAUUUUUACUUCAAAUAUGUCCAUAUUGUUACGGAAAAUAUGUAUUUGUCUGUACAUAACUGCAAUUAUACAAAUUCCAUGAAAA